CAUUCAUCUCCUGUACUGCAUUCAUUCCCACAACAGGGCCGCAAAACCAACGGCGGUACUGGAUCGGAGGCAUCGCUCCCACACUCGCACCUGCGCCCCGUGCUGAUCCCCUCCCCAUCAGCUCUUGCUCUCUACAGCCGACUCCAAAGGGGGCACGCAACGUGGGCGCACACAUGACGUAGGCUCUCCAGUCACAUACCCAGCAGCGCGCCCUCGCCGCAACCAUGUUGGAGGGCGUCCUCGCCUCCGUCCUCAAUAGAUUCCUGGCGGCGUAUGUCGAUGGGCUCAACACCAGCCAGCUCAAUAUCGGCAUCUGGAGCGGAGACGUGAAGCUCAAAAACUUACGUCUAAAGACAUCGGCAUUGGACAAGUUCAGGCUGCCGAUUGAUGUGAAGGAGGGGUAUCUGGGUGACCUAACGCUUUCCAUACCGUGGUCAAAUCUCAAAGGGAAACCCGUGCGAGUCCUCGUCGAAAAUGUCUUCCUCCUCGCUGUACCCAAGGCUGCAAGUGCAGAGGUGGAUGAAGAGGAGGAAGAUGCGCGUGCACAAGCAGUCAAGCAGGAGAAGCUGGCGAAUGCAGAACUGCUAGGAAGGGAUACUGUUCUGCAGACCUCUGCCGAAGACGCAAACAAGUCUGAGUCCUUUACCUCCUCUCUCGUCACCAAGAUCGUCGAUAAUCUGCAGAUUACCGUGCGGAAUAUUCACAUACGCUACGAAGACGCCAUCUCCAAUCCCGAGCACCCUUUCAGCGCUGGUAUCACCCUCGCCGAGUUCAGCGCAGUCUCCACCGAUGCAGAUUGGAACCCGACGUUCAUUCAGAACAGCGCUCAGGGUAUCCACAAGCUCGCGCGAUUAGAGUCGCUCGCAGUGUAUUUCGAUACGGAUAGCGGAAGUCUAGCAGAGAACGAAGUGAACGAGGCGCAGGAAAAAUUCAAUGCUCUCAUCGCGCGAGAUGGACACCUACCAGACCACCAGUUCGUGCUCAAGCCUGUGUCCGGCGCCGGACGCCUGGUCAUGCGCCGCACCAUGACGGACGACACUCCCAAGCUCGAUGCACAGCUUCUCUUCGAUGAGCUUGGCUUUGCACUCGACGAUGAGCAGUACCACGACUUGAUCUCCCUUACCGACCUCUUCCACUUCUACACGCGCCAAGCGCAGUAUCGACGCUUCCGACCUUCUCCCGAGGAGCUGGAGGAAAACAGGCCGCGCGCGCUGCUGCGCUUCGCCGGGCGAGCGAUCCUCAACGAGGUCCAUGAAAAGCACCGCUUGUGGUCCUGGGAGUACUUUCAGCAGCGCAGAGACGACCGCAAAGAGUAUGUGCGCCUCUUCAAAGAAAAGGAAAAAAGCGCCGAGGAAAAGACACAGCAGCAGGCGGGAGGUGUGGUCGCGCAGGCCACGGAAGGCUCCGAGCUCGAUUCACUUGAGCGACGUCUUGACUACAAGGACAUCAGAUUCUACCGCAGCAUCGCGCGCUUUGAGCUGCGCAAGGAGAGGGAAGCUGCGCGCAAGCAUGGGCCGCAUCAAGUUGCAGGAAACGCGCAAGCUGAUCACGAAGCUGCAGGUGGCGAGGGUGGCGGCGGAUGGCUGGGCUGGCUGUGGGGCGGAGGGGGCGCACAGAGCAAGAACCAGGAGGAGAGUGUGCUGAACGAGGAGCAGCGGAGAGAGCUUUACGAUGCCAUCGAGUGGGAUGAGUCCACUGCCGGCGCAGCACGCGAGAUUACGCUGGAUCUGCCUCGGGAGGCAAUGAAACUUCGCCUGUCAGCAAAGUUGCAGACCGGCUCCUUCUCGCUGCGAGACCAGCGUCGUGGAGCGGACAUUGUCAGCCUUGUGUUCGACUGUUUGCAAGCGGACAUAAUCCAGCGCAUCGACAACCUCGAAGCUGCCGUCUCGCUCGGUGGCUUGAAGGUGUAUGACGGCACCACGCCCAACUCGCUCUACCCACAGAUCGUCCGUGUUAAGGAUGACAAGUUCGACAUGCCUGGCAGGCAGAACAGUGCGCCUGCGACCUUGCAGCAGAUGGAGAAGGACUUACGCAAGGAGUCAAACCCGGAAGAUCCGUUCUUCUACCUCAAGUUUGAGAACAAGCCGCUUGACGACCGAGCGGAUAAUGCGCUGACUCUGCAUCUGCGCAGUACCGAGAUCAUCUACCACCGGAGCUACAUCGAAGCGAUUGUCAAGUUCUUCGAGCCGCCGGAGAGCGAGCUGGAGCUCAUCGGCGCGCUGAUCGACGUCGCAGGGGAGACAAUUGAGGGUAUCCGAAAGCAGACCCGCACCGGACUGGAGAACGCGCUGGAGAACCACAAGACGAUCAACAUGAACGUCGAUGUCAAGGCGCCCAUUAUCAUCCUGCCGGAGGACGUAACAGUCCGCAAGUGCCAGCACAUGGUCCUCGACGCGGGUCGCAUCAGCGUCUCGAGCCUGCUCGCGGACAAGGCCGCGCUCGAUACGGUACGCUCCAAGCAGCACAAGCAGUACACUGAGGAAGACUACCGCCAGCUGGAGGACCUGAUGUACGACCGCUUCUUUGUCAAGCUAGAAGCUGCCCAGCUCGUCAUGGGAACCGAUCUGCGCUCGUGCCUCGUCGGCCUGUCGUCGGACACGACGGACCACCGCCUGCAUCUACUCGAGCGCAUCAACCUCGACUUUACACUGCACAACUCGAUCCUCUCGAAGGCGCCGAACCUGACUAAGUUCAAGAUGACCGGACACCUUCCGAAGUUGCGCGUCAACUUGUCCGAUCGUAAAUACAAGAUGCUCAUGCGCAUCAUCGAUAUCGCCAUUCCCAACAUCGGGUCGGGCAGCUCCGAGGCUGAGCCUACGACUGCCGCAACCAAACCGCGCGCUGCACAAGAGCAGCAGGCGGCUCUACGUAGCAGUGACAGCGCUGCGACGCUCGACCUUUCCAAGCAGCGGCGUCAGCGAUUGGCUGGUCAGCUCCGAAGGAGCGAGAACGAGUAUCUCGUCGAUGAUAUUGAUAAUGAUGAUGAUGCGGACAACGCAGGCGAGGACGAGGACGUCGGAAAGGACGAGUUCCAGGAUGCAGAAGAUGCUCAGGCCGACAAAGUCAACAUGAACCAGAAGAAUUUUGAGCUCAACUUCAGCGUCGACUUGUUGCAGGGCUCGAUUUUCAAAUCUAACACCGACCCCAGCAAGCCGGACAAGCUGCUGGUCGAGGCAACGUUCGAGGGCUUCUUUGUCGAUGUCGCCGUCUUCCCCUUCCAUUUGGACGUCAACGUCGGUCUGCGGUCGCUCGAUCUGGAGGACAAGAUCAUCGAGCACGAGGGCGAGCAGUUCCGCUAUUUGAUCACGUCGCGCUCGCUUGGUGACAGCUCGAAUGCUUCGAGGCAGAAUACUCUGCCGGGAUCCUCGCCCCGCGGUCCUCGGGAUCUCGUCUACGUCCAGUACACGCGCGUCGAUGCUGAACAUCCAGAGUUCAUGACCAAGUACGAGGGAAUCGACCAGAGCAUCAACGUCGAGCUCUCUACAAUCAACCUCACGCUCACACGCGCAAGCAUCCUUGUUGCCUACGACUGGAUCAUGACAACAUUCGUCCCCGUCGAGCAUCCUUCGGUCAAUGCUGGCGCAAAACCAGGCGAGGCCAUCGAAGGCGACCACGGGGACGCGAAAGCGCAAGCCGUGGAGCGAAAGGAGAAGCUGCGCGUGCGUGUCAAGCUCAAUUCGAUCGUCUUGCGCCUGAAUAACGACGGCAUCCUCCUCGCGACACUCACGCUGUCCACUGCAGACGUCGCCGUGCUGUUGCGUGGCGAGAGCAUCAGAGUGGCUGCGCGUCUGGGCUCGUUGUCUUUGACCGACAAUGUGCAGCGCAAGUUUGCAGACCCGAGCUUCGCUAAGCUGCUUGCAAUCGAAGGCGACGAGCUGGCCGACUUUACGUACGAGACAUUCGACGCCACGGAAGGUACGACGUACCCCGGCUACGACGCUUCCAUCUGGCUGCGGACCGGAUCGCUCCGUUUCACCUUCCUCGAUGAGCCGGUCAAGGAACUGUUGCAAUUCUUCAAUAAGUUCGCGCAGAUGAAGUCGGUCUACGACGCUGCCACACAGGCUGCAAGUGCCCAGGCAUCCCAGCUGCAACAGCGCGUCGUCAAAAUGCACUACGACGUCGUUAUCAAGACGCCGAUCGUCGUCCUUCCGCGCGAUCCCCGCUCACCGAACGUGAUGAUCGCCAAUUUGGGUGAGAUAUACGCGCACAACACCUUCCAGGCUCCGGAUACAGAUCAUGUCGUCACCAAGAUUGAAGCGGGCCUCCGGCACAUCCGCCUCGCGUCCCGGAUGCACCUCGGUAACCAAGAAUACCGCGUGCAGAUGAUCGACGAUGUCAACAUCUCAUUCGACGUGACUCAUACUGAUCACGUUGAUAAUGCCGCAAGCAGCGCUCAACCCGACACACAGGUGCUGGCCAGAAUGUCUGACGUCAACAUGAUGCUGACGGAACAGCAGUACUGCUUUAUCAUGGCCCUCACACAAUCUAUCCCCAAGGCGUUCGUCAUCGAGGAUGAUAGUGAAACGGCACCAUCGGUGAAUGUGGCCGCGAAUAAGUCGCCUCCGCCCCAAGCAAAAAACUCUUCACAUGAUAUUAACGGUGGCGCUGUCGACAUGUUGCCCGAGCUGGGAACCGUCGCACAUCGGGAGGACGGCGAGAAUGUCUCCGUGCGCACGACUUUGGAUCUACUGUUUACUGUGCACGGCAUUCAGCUGGAGCUUUUCACAAAUGCUGCGACGAGUCAACAGAGCUUGCAGAAUGCAAGCCUUGCGCGCUUCGCUCUGAACGACACAGAAGUAAAGCUCAAGAUGCUUGCUGACACAUCUCUAGAAGCCGAGGUAGCUCUUAAGUCAUUCACGGUCCAUGACACUCGGCCGGAGAAGGAGACUAAGUUCAGAGAGAUCGUCCCUGCCGUCAGACACGACGGGCACCAGUUCAUGUUGAGCUACACCCAGUCCGCCAGCUCCGCUCUAGCACUCAUCACCGUCGACAGCCCCAAGGUCAUUUUCUCUCUAGAUCCAAUGUUUGCGCUACUGAACUUUUUCUCCAGUCCCUUCACGGAGAUCAAAGUGGAGGAGGUGUCGCCUCAAAAAUCCAAGUCAUCAGCUAUUGUUCCAGCGGGCUCGUCCACAGCUGAUGUGCGCUCGCGCAGUGGGGACGCAGUGAAGAAUGCGAUGUCAGGCGAAGAUGAAUACACUGAGCCAGCCCUGGCCUAUCGUGUCAAUGUCGUAGCUCCGACUAUCAUCCUUCUUGCCACACCUGAGAAGGCGGACAGCGAAGCCAUCGUUUUGUCAAUCAAGCAGGUUCUGAUGUCUCAACAAGGUGUCUUGGCGCUCACAGUCGAUCAAUUCGGGGUGUUCAUGUGUCGCAUGAACAAGCCCAAAGACACUGUCCGCUUCUUAGACAACUUCAAUUUGACGUUCUCUAUGGACUCCAGGGCAUCUUCCUUGCGGCUGAUGACGAGCAUUGAGAUUGACGUGGAUCCGCUAAUCCUGCGCGUGGCGUACCGCGACAUCAUGCUCAUCUCGUCGGUCAUCAACAAGGCAAUCGAACUCUCUUCGCAGGGUAAUGAAGAGACGUACGCCCAACCAGGUCGGCAUCCGAAGCGUCAGACCUCAGUCGCGACGAGCGCCAGCGCACAAUCCCUAAGGUCUGAGCAGGCGCGGACCAUCGGAUCACAACAUAAAGAUACCAGUGCCAGUGCGGCCACAGCGCGCAGUGAACGGAUCGUCUCUGCGCAGCUGCUCAUGUCGAAGGAGCUAUUGAAGGCAUCUUUUGCAGGUCUGCAGGUCAUCGUUAUUGGCGAUGUGCACUCCCUUCCGUUGAUUGACAUGAACUUCGGCAAAUUCAGCGUGGACGUGCAAGACUGGUCCGCCGACCUGCGCGUGGAAAGUUCAUUGAACACUUACAUCAAUUACUACAAUCUAUCGAGAUCUCAUUGGGAGCCUUUCAUCGACCCUUGGACCGUCAAAUUCAUGAUUUCCAUGUCAAGCACGCGCGAUGACACAUCAUCAACGAUGACCAUUUCGUCUACCCGACGACUGGAGCUGAACAUCACAUCAACCUUGAUCGAUACUGCUCUCACGUCUGUCGCCAUCCUCAAUGAUGAGUCAAGCAGGCCAAACGCGUACCGGAACGCUGCUCCCUUCCGCAUCCGGAAUCGAACGGGUUACAAGAUCAGUCUCUGGCCUGAACACGAGGAUCGGAGGAUCAAGCCGCAGCCACAACAACUGGAGGAUGGAGAGGAGUUGCCGUGGCGCUUUGAUGACUGGAAAGUCAUGCGAGAACACGCCAUGGAAUCAACUGGUAAUAUGCUCUCCUUGCAGAUCGAUGGCAUGCCUUGGGAACGGUUGAAGCACAUCUCCGUCGACAGAGAAGGCGAAUUCAUUCUCAAUCUCCGACCAAAACUCGACAAGGUCGCACACCGUCUCCUCUUCGAAGUCAAGCUUCAGGAUAAUGUCAAGGUGAUCACUUUCCGCUCAACGUUCAAGGUCGAAAACCACACACUGGUCCCUGUUGAAAUCACUGUCGUGGAUGUGGACGGUAAUCCUACGGAGGUGAUUCGCAAGAUAGCCCCCUCAGAAGACUGCCCUGUGCCCAUCGAAGCCGCAUACCACAACAGGAUAAGGAUACGCCCUGAUCCUGGCUUCGAGUAUGGCUGGUCAGAAGAGGCGCUGCAUUGGCAAGACCUUGUCAAGCGAUCGACACGCACCGUCACCUGCAUGUCUGAAGACCCGAAUGAGGCACCGUUCCUCUUUCAGUGCUACACGGCAUACGACAAGCAGGAUCCUCGCGGCCGGAUGUACCCGAGACUGAGCCUCAAGCUGAGAGCUCCGGUUGAGGUUGAGAACCUUCUUCCGUACGACAUCCAAUAUCGGAUCUUUGACAAAAAUCUCAACCACAACUGGUCUAGCUAUCUUAGGAAGGGUGGUGUUUCACCAAUCCACGUAGUCGAGCUUUCCCAUUUGCUCUUGCUCAGCAUUGAUGUGAAGACAGAUGUCUUUGCGCCAAGCGAAUUUGCGAUUGUCGCAACCGACAACCCAGACGAUUUCCCAGUGGAAAAAUAUCUCACGCUGACGGACAUUGAUGGACUCAAGCUGCAACUGCGCCUUCACUACAUCAAGUUCCCGGAGUCUGGCGGCGCAUUCAAGGUUCAGAUCUACUCUCCCUACAUCUUCAUCAAUCAGACCAACCUGCCGUUCGCGCUCAAGACAAAGUCCUGGAUGGGUGUGGCGAAGCUUGUGGCCGGCCAACCUCAAGGAGCUGCUUAUGCUGCAUCGAAGGAACCAGAACCAUUCCUCUUCUCUCAGAGCUCCAACGACCGGCGGAAUCGCAUGCUGCUCAAGGUUGGAGAGUCGGGGUGGUCAAAGCCACUCUCCUUCGAAGCCAUCGGAUCGGAGACUGAAGUAACCAUCCCUUCGGCAACAAAGAACGAAGAAGUGCACGUCGGCCUGACAAUCGAAGACGGUCUGGGCAAGUUCAAGCUGUCGAAAGUAGUCAAGUUAAUGCCACGAUACCUCAUCAGCAAUCACUUGGGUGAAGCCAUCAGCCUCCGUGAAGCAGGAGCUGCGGAUUUUAUUACGGUCGACGCUGCCAAGCGGGCGCCUUUGCACUUCCUGCGUGUCGGGGCAACAAAACAGCUUACAUUGACCUACCCUGGCUUGAAUAACAAGUGGACUGCACCCUUCAACAUCGAGGACAUCGGUGUCGUCCAUCUACGGAUUGCCAAGAGUGGACAUCACCAACACCUCAUCAAGGUCGAUGUCUCUUUGGAAGGGCCCACCAUCUUCAUCUCCCUCAGCCCGGAGACGGGCCCCUGGCCAUUCAUGCUGCGAAAUGAAAGCGAUCACACACUCACGUUUGCGCAAGCAGCCGAGUCAAGGGACUCGAGUGGCGCGGUUGGCAGCGAUGAAGCCGUAGGGAAACGAUACGAGCUUAAGCCUCGAUCUAAGAUGAAGUACGCUUGGGAUUACCCGGCUUUGCCUGACAAACUCAUCAAGCUGAUGGUUGGGGGGCGAGAGCGCAACGUGAACAUCAUGGAGAUCGGUAGUUUGUUACCGUUCAAAGUCCCGAAUUCAGAUGGCAGAGGCUCGCGCGUCAUAUCGCUUGAUGUCAGAGCUGACGGACCCACACAGACGCUGGUCCUCUCCAACUACUCGGAAUCAACGAGCAACUUCAAGCUGACCAGGCAGAAUUCAACAUUCUCCCGCACGGAAUCCAUGUCCAGCUCGAAGGACCUCGGAUUCGAAGCCGUGGAUGUCGAUACCAAAAUCAUGUCUUCCUACAACCUCGAGCUUGAAGGCGUGGGUAUUUCGCUCAUUAAUAACAACGUGCAGGAGCUGGCCUACAUCUCUUUCCGCGGUCUGGAGGUCCAUUACACAGAGUCAGAAGUCACGACAGCAAUCAAUCUCAUCUGCAAGUGGAUCCAGAUCGAUAAUCAACUCUUCGGUGGCCUAUUCCCGAUCGUGCUCUACCCGACCGUGCUCCCGAGAGAUGGCAAGGAUCUUGAAGUCCACCCAACGCUUCAGGCUUCGCUAAUUAGGCUCAAAGAUCAGAGCCAUGGCGUGAUGCACAUCAAGUACGCAUCAGUGCUGUUGCAAGAGAUCACAGUGGAACUCGAUGAGGAUUUCCUCUUUGCCGUCUACGAGUUCUCCAAAUUCGAAGGCGCAUUUUGGCAGGAAGAGUCCGCCAACGACACCGACUUCAUCGAGAAUCCCCGCAACAUUCCGGAGCCAAAAUCUGCACAACGAGGGCAGGACGACGUCUACUACGAGAUCCUGCAUCUCCAGCCGGUGGCGCUUAACUUGUCUUUCAUGCGAACGGAGCGCGUCAACGCGGAUGAAAGAGUCAGCUCUCGCAACCCAAUGAUCUUCUUCUUCAACGCCCUGACCAUGGCUUUGGGUAAUGUCAACGAAGCUCCUGUGAGGCUGAAUGCCCUCGUCAUCGAGAAUGUCCGCCUCUCUUCGGCAAUUCUGCAAGAGCGCAUCAUAUAUCACUAUGGUCAAGGCUUCUUGAUGCAGCUUUAUCGAGUGCUUGGCUCCGCAGAUUUCCUCGGGAACCCUGUUGGUCUUUUCAACAACGUUAGCUCAGGAGUUGCGGACAUAUUUUACGAGCCAUAUCAUGGGCUCGUCAUGCACGGCAACAAGGAGCUUGGUCUAGGGAUUGCCAGGGGAGCAAGCUCUUUCGUCAAGAAGACCGUCUUUGGUGUGACGGACUCGGUGUCGAAAGUGACGGGCAGCAUUGGAAAAGGUCUUGCUGCAGCCACCAUGGAUCAAGAAUUCCAAAGCCGAAGAAGGAUGAGCCGUUUCCGCAACAAGCCAAAGCAUGCUUUGUAUGGCAUCGCAGCUGGAGCAAACUCAUUCUUCACCAGCGUUGCCAGUGGCUUCGAAGGCUUAGCCUUGAAGCCGCUCGAGGGCGCUGAGCAAGGUGGCGCCGGUGGCUUCCUGAAGGGUGUCGGGAAAGGGUUGGUCGGUGCCAUCACCAAGCCCGCAGUUGGCGUGUUUGAUUUGGCGUCCAACGUGACGGAGGGCAUGCGCAACACGACUCUGGUGUUUGACCAAAAUGACAUUGACCGCGUCCGUCUGCCGCGUUUCAUUGCCAGCGAUGGCAUCGUGCGGCCGUACUCGGACCGCGAGGCACUUGGACAGACGUGGCUCAAGAAUGUGGACAAUGGCCGCAUCAUGAAGGAGCACUACGUUGCACAUGUCGAUGUUGGAGGGCAUGAAGGAGACAGUGCGGUCAUGUUGACCGUAAACCGAAUCCUAUAUAUCCGAACACUGCGUCUGAAGGUGGCUUGGGAUGUGCCACUAAGCGAAUUGAGCUCCAUUUCGUUGGAAAGCCAGGGUAUUGCACUGCUGCUCCGAGGAGGAAUCCAAGGCCCUUACUUGAAUCUUGCUGACGCGAGCACUCGCGCUUGGUUCUUCAAACAAUUGAGCCGUAUCGUGCAGAACUACAAUGCGCGGCACGCGACCGGGGAAUGAGAGGUCAGAGGGAGGAAUACUUUUGCAAGUACACGACAGAACGAGAACGAAUUUUACGAAAAUGCCCACAUCGCAGAUGAGAUAAUACGAUCAAGUGCCAACAUUGUCAUGUAUGACCUUUUCCCGUGAUUCUUAUCAGAAUCGAACGCAAGAUCGAUAGCAGGGGGUGGGGGUUUUGAAUAAGUGCACGCAUCGUAGGUAACUCGGGGGUAACUUUAUAAUCGGAGUAUGCGGCGGGUAUGUCGUUCGUGCGAUUGUACCGGGCAUGACAGGUGGAGGAUCAUCACGCCUCGAGGCCUGCAAGCUCAGCGAGGCGUUCACUGGCUGUGUGGUCGCGAGUGGAGCGCAUACGGUGGGCGAAGAUGGGCUUGUCAUC